UCCUCCCAGCUAGCUAAUCAGAGUCUAGGACCAGGAAGCUCUGACCAGGAAGGAGGACUGGUGUUGGGAUCCGGGAUUGGCUGCUGCACGUACAUAUACCCGGUACAUUGCACCAUUGCACUGAGCUGCAGCAACCCCCAUAAUCUCACUAACUGAGGCUAGAUUUCGAGAUGGCUAAAGGACCACGGAAGAGAGCUGCCACCAAAGCAGAGGAGAACCCAGAAGAGAUGGAGGCCAGCCCUGGUGAGGGAGGUGAGGAGCCCGUUCAUGCCAGUCUUGAUGCUAAUCAGGCCAAAGAGGGUGGGGAUGAUUACUGGGACCUAUCAGAUGAUGAUGACUGGGGUGGUACGGGUGGCGGUGGCUCUAGACAGAGCUCAGCCUCAAGGCACCGACAAAUUCUCAGACGUUCCAACAUUGAGAUUGGAGUGUCGUUUGUGUGUCAUCUUGUUCUUAUGUGCUUCUACAUUUUCGUGCAUGUGUAUGAUGCUACGAUUUUCAAACGAAGCAAAGGAGUGGGAUUUGAGGGCCACUUCACCUAUGGAGGAAGAUGGAAGUAUCUUACUUACCUGAAUUUGUGGGUCCAGUUUCUGUAUUUCUUUUUGUGCUUCUUUGUGGACAUAAUGCCGUAUGGUGCCACCAAAGUCUCAUUCAGAAAGAUUUGUGAUACUGUGUUUUGCACCGUAGCCCUUCCUCUGCCAAUUUUUGUAGCAGUGAUGUUCUGGGGUAUUUAUGCCAUUGACCGCGAGCUGAUCUACCCAACUUUCCUGGACAACACCAUACCAUCCAUUUUGAACCACUUAUGGCACACAACAGUCGUGUUGUGUGUCCUUGUUGAGCUAGUUGUAGUGUUUCAUCGGUUCCCUGGAAAUUGGACUGCCACUCUUGUCACAUUUGGAUACUCAUUUUCAUACAUGAUCUGGAUAGUCUGGGUGUUCACAAUGUCUCAAGCGUGGCCUUAUCCUUUCUUCAAUAUCAUCCCACUGCCCCUUUUACCACUCUUCUUUUUGGCAUGCUCCUUCAUUGGAUUAUUCUUCUAUUUCUUAGGGAAAAAACUCUGCCAGUUGCGAUGGUCAGAACGGCAUCAAGUGCUGGCUGAGCUAGGACGAAAGAAUGUUUAGUGACUCGUAUAUAUAUUGUGUGAGAAGUGUUUGCCACACACCUAGGCUAGCACUUACUUUUGUAAUUUAUUGUGACUUAUUCUGAUUGUGAUCUUUACCAUUCAA